AUGACUACCUCGAACGGCCAUGCCUCGAAAUCUCAGCAGGCGACACAGCGCCGCAUCGAAUACCAUGAGGCCGACAUUGUGAUCGUCGGUGCUGGUAUUCUGGGUUGCGCUCUGGCCGUCGCCCUCGGAAGACAAGGAAGAAGUGUUCUGCUUUUGGAGAGUUCCAUGAAGGAGCCCGAUCGCAUUGUUGGCGAACUGCUACAACCCGGUGGCGUGCAAGCCUUGGAACAACUUGGCCUGCAAGAUUGCCUCGAUGAGAUCGACGCGAUUCAAGUUAAGGGUUAUUAUGUUAGUUAUCAUGGAGACCCUGUCCAGCUCGAAUACCCCAAGGCCACCCCCUCAUCGCCCGCCCCCCUGGGAAAAGCGUUCCACCAUGGCCGCUUCGUGAUGAAAUUAAGGGAGGCGGCGCUCGACUGCCCCAACGUCACGGUCGUUGAGACCACAGCAACUGCUCUCGUGACCUCUUCUACAAACCCUUCACAGGUUCUUGGUGUGGAGUGCAUCACCAAUGAUCUCAAGGACUGCUAUUUCGCCCAGCUCACCGUCGUCGCCGACGGCUACGCUUCCAAAUUCCGCAAAACGCACCACCCAUACACCCCCAAGCGCCGUUCAAAGUUUUGGGGCCUCGAAAUGAUCGAUGCGCAACUCCCGUCUCCCUGCUACGGCCACGUCCUUCUCAGCGACUGCCCACCCGUCCUCAUGUACCAGAUUGGCACCCACGAGACUCGCAUCCUGAUCGAUAUCCCUGAUAACUUGCCCGCCGCUUCUGUAAAGAACGGCGGAGUUAAAGGCUAUAUGAAAAACACUGUUCUCCCUUCUCUUCCCGAGGCAACCCAGCCCGCUUUCGCGGCUGCCCUCGAAAAAGGAAACUUGCGGUCGAUGCCGAACUCCUUCCUCCCGCCUUCAACCAAUAAGACGCCUGGUAUGAUGAUCUUGGGCGAUGCGCUGAAUAUGCGACACCCUCUCACUGGUGGCGGAAUGACAGUCGCACUGAACGACGUUUGCGUCAUUCGUGAGCUGCUUAGCCCCGAGGCUGUGCCUGACCUGGGCAACACCACCUUGGUCUUGAAGCAACUCGCCCGUUUCCACUGGGCUAGAAAGAACUCGUCCUCUGUUAUCAACAUUCUCGCGCAGGCCCUCUAUUCCCUGUUCGCCGCUGACGAUGUAAACCUCCGCGCCCUUCAGCGAGGCUGCUUCCGCUACUUCCAGAUCGGCGCCGUCGAUGGGCCCGUCGGUCUACUCGCCGGCCUCAUCAAACAACCUCUCGUCCUCUUCUCCCACUUCUUCACUGUCGCCUUCCUCUCCAUCUGGGUUCUCUUCCGCGACACUCCUUUGACCCACCUCAUCCUAUUCCCCUUCCGAUCCAUCAUGGUCUUCUGGACCGCCUGCGUUGUGAUUUUCCCAUACAUCUUCGCCGAGCUCCGGUCCUGA